AUGGCACUACAAAAGGCGGGCGAAGACGUCAGUGUAUAUGGCAAUGCGCCUUGGAAAGACUUCACGGCAAUGGACUUGGCUCAGGCUUUGGUCGCCAGUCGCAAUAAGCGCAUCGACCAAGGACUCAUCGAAGGAACACCAAUCAUAGGUGGUGACUAUGAGCGAAAGCCGCGAUCCAUCAGCUCCACCAAAAAGAAAGAUAUCCUCCGUAUACACACAGCUCCAGCAAAAGAGCCCGAACCGAUCUCGAAACGCCAACUUCUGUUCAUUUUGAGGAGCCUCCAUUCACACCUUAAAAUGAUCAAGAAUGCUGCUAUUGACGAGGCAAAAUCCUCACAGCACGGCAGCCCACAAGCGGGAGCAGAUGACACAACUGCCACUGUCAACCCUUACCCAGAACUCUGCAGCACACCCGGGUUUGAGCUUGACGGGACACCUCUCACACAUAUCAGGAUCAUUAUGGACUGUUUUCCGAAACCCAUGAUAUCGGAAAAAGCCCAAAUGUUGGUCCGCACGGUCUUGCACCAUCAACACGAACUUCGCUCUUACCACCAGCAGUGCGGAGGAAUUGACGGUGGUAGAAAACACUACUUGGCGUGCCUAAAAGAAGUCUACUAUAUUCAGAGGACUGAGCUGUGGCGCGAGAUGAUGAAGAGCGUGAGUGUUGAUACUGAUAGUGAACUCGGACAGCAGGUGGAGGCUAUUGUCAACGAAACUUUUGUCAAUGUAGAUGAUCUGUAG